AAAAAUGAUAUAAAAGAUUGAGUGAUCACUGCUUUCCCAACUUCUACACCACAAAAGUCAAUGAGCAAUCACAAUCCAAGAAAAAAAAAAUCAUGACAUCCAUCUCUCAAUCCCUCCGGAAUUCAUGGUGGUUUGAAACUCCCUCGAGUAACAUGGAGGAGCUGGCGCUAGGGAUUCUCCCCUUAGUCUUGGCCGCAGUUGCAGUUUCCCGGUACGUUUGGAUCUUCUCCAAGAAGACUUUCGGAGCCCCACCGUCGCCGCCUGGUCCCCUCGGCUUGCCGGUGGUCGGUAACCUCCCGUUCCUCGACGCCGAGCUCCACACCUACUUCGCAGGCCUCGCUCAGGCCUACGGCCCUGUCAUAAAGCUCCGGCUAGGCAACAAAAUCGUGGUCGUGAUAAGCUCGCCGGCCGCCGCCCGCGAGGUGCUCAAAGAACACGACGCCAUCUUCGCCAACCGCGACGUACCGGCGGCGGCGGCUGCGGCGUCGUACGGCGGUCGCGAUAUAGCGUGGAGUCAGUAUGGGCCCGAGUGGCGGAUGCUGAGGAAGAUCUGCGUGCGGGAGAUGCUUGGCAGCGCCGCGCUCAACGGCGUCUACGAGCUCCGACGUCGAGAGAUUCGGAAAACCGUGGGUUAUAUAUACAGUAGGGUCGGGUCCCCCAUGAUGGUGGGUGAACAAAUGUUUCUGACAGUGCUAAACGUGAUUAUGAACAUGAUUUGGGGGGAUACGGUGAAGGGAGACGGGAGCAAGAGCCUGGGGGCGGAGUUCCGGCAGGUGGUGACGGAGAUGACUGAGCUAAUGGGGAAGCCCAACAUCUCGGAUUUUUUCCCAGGUUUGGGCCGGUUUGAUUUGCAGGGCAUCAAGAAGCGGAUGAAGGGACUGGCCCUGCGGUUUGAUGUGAUCUUCAAUUCCCUUAUUGAUCAACGGCUGAGGAUUGAGGGACAGGGUGGGCGCGAAGCAGGGAAUAAGGACGAAGAGAUCAAGGAUUUUUUGCAGGUCUUACUACGGGUGAAGGAAGAAGGAGACACCAAAGUUCCAUUCACGAUGGACCACCUCAAAGCCUUGCUUAUGGAUAUGGUGGUGGGUAGCACUGACACAAGCUCCAGCACAGUGGAGUUUGCCAUGGCGGAACUAAUCAACAAACCAGAAUUGAUGCGAAACGCACAAGAAGAAUUGGACGCAGUCGUGGGCAAAGACAGCACAGUAGACGAAUGCCACAUUCACAAGCUACCGUAUUUGCAGGCCGUGAUGAAAGAGAUUCUGCGGUUGCACCCGGUGCUUCCGCUGCUGGUUCCUCACUGUCCAAGCCAGUCAUGCACCGUCGGGGGAUACCACAUUCCCAAGGGCGCCCGAGUCUUCGUCAACGCCUGGGCAAUACACAGAGACUCUUGCAUUUGGGAAAACCCGUCGGAGUUUAACCCGGAGAGGUUCUUUGGUGGCAAAUGGGAUGACGAUGGCGGCGGCUUCAGUUACAUCCCGUUUGGGUCUGGGCGAAGGAUUUGUGCAGGGAUAGCAAUGGCUGAGCGGAUGGUGAUGUUUUCCCUUGCUUCGCUUCUGCAUUCCUUUGACUGGAAAAUUCCUGAAGGGGAGACGUUGGACCUUUCGGAGAAGUUUGGCAUUGUCUUGAAGAAGAAGACUCCUCUUGUGGUGAUUCCUACGCCGAGAUUGUCUGAUCCAGCGCUAUAUGCAUGAGAAAUAAGCUAGGGUUGUGGCCUCUGCCGUUAAACUUGCGAUCUCGACCUUUUUAUGUCAUUUUUUUUUUCUCUAACGUACUCCUAUUAAUGAUGCAUAUAAUUAUAAUUUUUUUUUACUCUCCUUGCAAAUCUAGGAAGAAUCUUGGAGGUUGUGUUUGGAAUCAUAAUUUUCUAGACUUAUAUUUUAAUUUGUUUGAAUUUAAAUGAAACACAAAUGUAAUUUUGUUUA